AGUGCAAUACAAAAAUAAAUUAAAUCGUUCUAAGUGAAUGCUCCCCGUUUAUUUUGGACAAGAGAAAUCCAUUGGCGAACGUGCAAACGAAAUGGCUAAGGUAUUGCAUCGUGUGGAAAUCACGCUGCGUAGCUUCUAUGUAUUUAAUUCCAAUUUAAGCCAGAAGGAAGGCGAGGAACACAAAAAGGUUCUGUUUUAUCAUCCAAAUGAUAUUGAACUUAAUACAAAAAUCAAAGAUGUGGGUCUCAGCGAAGCUAUCAUUACAUUUACUGGAACGUUUACCAGCGAUGACGAUUGUAAGGCUUUGCAUACACAAAAGACAACACAGCUUUUCUAUCAGCCCGAGCCAGGCUUCUGGCUUGUGAUGGUGCUGAAUGUGCCCAAGGAGGUGAAGCUCAAAGAUGGCGUCGAGGUGGCUGAGUAUAGGGGGGGAGAAGUAUCUGAUAGGAUAUAUCAUGCUGUCUUAAGGCAAUGCUAUUAUAUGUAUCGAUUUCAUCAUGGUACGCUGCAGGCGAAGCUAACAGCGAGCACAACCAAUGAGGAAGCGGAGGAGCAACGUCAACAGCUGGCUGCAGAGCUGCAAACAUUUUAUGAUCGGUACUUGACUUCACUCAAGGAUCUGGGUCAAUGUGAUAUUAUGGACAUGCUGUACUCCAUUCAGUAUCUUGCUCUAGAUAAAAGUCUCUUUUUGCGCGCCCAUAACUUUGGUAUGCUCUGCGAUACUUUUUCAGCGGUCAAAGAGUGUAUCAUGUUCUACAACGACCAAGUUGUCUGUGGAGGCAAACUAUCUGCUAGCGAUUUGUAUAGCUUGCAUGCGUAUGUCCUGGGGUUAGCUUCUGCUGGAGGCUCUGUGGAGGCCUAUCGUGCGGGUGCAUUUGUUCUUAAAGGAGAAGAGCCAAUCACAACAAAAAUCUACUUGGAUUUGGAUAAGCAAAUUAGCUUACAUCAUUUGCUUAUAUAUCGUGCAUUGAAUGUUACGCUCUGUCUUUUUGUGGAUGCUGUGCCUACGCAGGAGUUUUAUGAAGAACUCCACGCUUACUUGGGUCCACAGCUCAGCUGCCUGGCUAAAGAUAUUGCAUCCGCCACAAAGCUGAAUGCGAGUGCUGAUGCCACAGUUGCAGCUAACAAUGAUGAUGGGUCAGCCAAAUAUCUCUUUAUCAACGAGCAAAGCCUCAAGCAUCAUACAAAUAUUCAUCGUAAUGCAAAGAGCAUACCAAGGAAUGUAAUGAGCAUUAUUGCAGAUCUGGCUAAUCCUAUACAAGAAAUUGCUGCUGCUGAGGAGCUGCAGGUGAAGACAACGAAUGACUUUUGGAUUGUGAAGCGGCGCUGCAAUUGGCGACAAUAUUAUGUGAUCCUUAGCAAGAGUAAGGCUACGCUUCUCGAUGUGACGCAGGAGGCAAAGCGUAUAUUUGAACAGGAGCUCACAGAUGAUGUAUUCUUUGACAAAUAAAAAGUAAUAGUAGAU